UCCUUGUCUUCCUCUCUCUCUCUCGAUCUCUCGAUCUCUUGAUCUAGUUUUAGGUUUUUCGAUCCGCGACCUUCUCUGAUCCCGCGAAUGGAUGCCUUGGAUUCCGUCAUAGAUCCUCUGAGGGAAUUCGCAAAAGACAGUGUCCGCCUCGUCAAGAGAUGCCACAAGCCCGAUCGCAAGGAGUUCACGAAGGUGGCGAUCCGCACGGCGAUCGGUUUCGUGGUGAUGGGAUUCGUUGGCUUCUUCGUGAAGCUGAUCUUUAUCCCGAUCAACAACAUCAUCGUCGGUUCGGGCUAGGACUCACGGUCAAAUUUUCCGGACAAGCAUGAAGUUUAUAUCGACCUAGAAAUCGAUUUGUCAUCUUUGGCAUUCUUGACUCACCGCAGCUUUAGCAUCAAAGGAACAAACAAAGAUAUUUUAUUUUACUUUUUCGUGUAUGCAUUUCUAAUUUUGUAACUUUUGCUAUUUUUUCCUGUUUAUGCCUGAAAUUUACUGAUGUAGACUCUGAUAUAUCAUCUUUGGUCAAGACAAAAGUGUUGGUUGUUCGAGUUCCUUAAAA